CCGGGUAGAAGCUCUGCCAUGAGGGCUGUAGUCGUAGCUAUCUUAGUUGCUGUGGGCAGCGCAGCCCCACAGUACGGCUAUCCCACCCCUACCCCGCCCAUCCCCGACCCUACACCUGGAUACACAUACCAGGAGCCCGAACAGACGUACCUGGCGCCCAAUACCCGCGCAGAAGAGCCACAAGCGCCAGUGGAAGUAGUGCCGAUCCUGAAGGACGAGCGCGUGAACAACGAAGAUGGAAGCUACACUGUCGAUGUCGAGACUGGCAACGGCAUCGAGCUUUCUGAGGCUGGCACAUUAUCCAGUACUGGCACUGCUAUUAAGACUGGGCAGUAUUCCUACACCGCCCCGGACGGUUCCGUGAUCGAGGUCAAGUUCGUCGCCGACGAGAACGGCUUCCAGGCGGAGUCUGACGCCCUGCCCGUGGCUCCCGCAUUCCCUCACGAAAUUCCCGAAUUCGUGCUCAGGCAGAUCCAAUUCGCGGCUGACUUGAAAAGGAGGAAACCGGAAUCGAAGACUUUUACACCCUACAUUAUUUUGUUGCUUGAAGGAUGCAUGUUAGAUUAA